AUGGACUCAAAGAAGAGAAGCUCAGUAGAGGCAGAAGGAUCCAAAGAAAGAGGCCUGGUCCAUGUCUGGCAGGCAGGAUCCUGUUCUUUAGCACCAGAGAGAUUGCCAGGCUGGGGAGGAAAGACUGUUCUUCAAGCAGCCCUGGGAGUGAAACAUGGAGUUCUUCUGACUGAAGAUGGUGAGGUCUACAGCUUUGGGACUCUUCCCUGGAGAAGUGAACCAGCAGAGAUUUGUCCGAGUAGCCCCAUUCUAGAAAAUGCCCUGGUCGGACAAUAUGUUGUUACUGUGGCAUCAGGGAGUUUCCACAAUGGAGCAGUGACAGAAAGUGGCGUAGUGUACAUGUGGGGGGAGAACUCUGCAGGCCAGUGUGCAGUGGCUAACCAGCAGUAUGUUCCAGAACCAAAUCCUGUCAGCAUUUCUGAUUCUGAGACCAGUUCUUUGCUAGCAGUCAGGAUUUUGCAGCUGGCAUGUGGUGAGGAGCACACUCUGGCAUUGUCAAUAAGCAGAGAGAUUUGGGCAUGGGGUACCGGUUGUCAGUUGGGUCUCAUUACCACCACCUUCCCGGUGACAAAGCCACAAAAGGUGGAACAUCUUGCCGGGCGAGUGGUGCUACAAGUUGCCUGUGGUGCGUUCCACAGCUUAGCGCUUGUACAGUGCCUCCCUUCCCAGGAUCUAAAGCCAGUCCCAGAAAGAUGCAACCAGUGCAGCCAACUCUUAAUUACCAUGACUGACAAAGAAGACCAUGUGAUUAUAUCAGAUAGUCAUUGUUGCCCAUUAGGUGUGACACUGUCAGAAUCCCAGGUAGAAAACCAGGCCAGCACUGCCAUCAGCCCCUCCACUGAAACCCUGGACAACCAGGGAGAAGUAUUUGAGAAUACGCUUGUAGAAAAUGAUGUGCCUGUUGCUACCGACGCCACGAGAGGUGAUGCCAUUUCCUCCCAACAAGACACCAUGGGAACAACUGAAAUUUCUUCUGCCAGAAAUACACCAUCUUACCCUGAUACUCAAGCAGUAAAUGAAUACGUGCAAACACUGUCAGAUCGUUCAGUAAGAGAGAACUCAGAGAACGGUGAAAAGCCAAUGCCAUCUCAGCCUCUUGUAGAAGAAGCAGUUCCUAAUCUUCACAGCCCACCAACCACAAGCACCUCAGCCCUAAACAGCCUAGUAGUUUCUUGUGCAUCUGCUGUUGGUGUGAGAGUGGCUGCUACAUAUGAAGCCGGGGCCUUGUCCCUUAAGAAAGUUAUGAACUUCUAUAGCACAGCCCCUUGUGAACCUGGAAUUCAGGCAGGCAGUAGUUCCAUAGGCCCGGAAGGUCUGAAAGAUAGCAGAGAAGAACAGGUUAAGCAGGAAUCAAUGCAAGGAAAGAAAAGUUCAAGUCUUGUGGAUAUCAGAGAAGAAGAAUCAGAGGGAGGCAGCCGAAGACUCUCCCUCCCUGGGUUGUUGUCCCAAGUUUCCCCCAGGCUCUUAAGAAAAGCUGCACGGGUAAAAACUCGGACAGUGGUUCUGACCCCUACGUACAGUGGAGAAGCAGAUGCACUCCUGCCUUCUCUGAGAACGGAGGUGUGGACCUGGGGGAAAGGGAAGGAAGGACAGCUGGGGCACGGUGAUGUUCUGCCUAGGCUUCAACCACUAUGUGUAAAAUGUCUCGAUGGGAAAGAAGUAAUCUAUCUGGAGGCAGGGGGUUACCAUUCUCUUGCACUUACUGCGAAAUCCCAGGUUUACUCAUGGGGUAGCAAUACCUUUGGUCAACUUGGGCAUUAUGAUUUUCCAACAACAGUUCCUCGUCUUGCAAAGGUGAACAGUGAAAAUGGAGUCUGGAGUGUAGCUGCAGGCCAGGAUUAUUCCCUGUUUUUAGUGGAUACAGAAGACUUCCAACCUGGGUUAUAUUAUAGUGGCCGACAGGACCCUACAGAAGUUGACAACCUUCCAGAGAAUCACAGUGGUACUAAGACUCCAGUACUUCUCUCCUGUAGUAAGCUCGGAUAUAUAAGUAGAGUGACAGCAGGAAAAGAUAGCUAUCUAGCUUUGGUGGACAAAAAUGUUAUGGGAUAUAUUGCCAGUCUCCAUGAGUUGGCUACUACAGAAAGACGGUUCUAUUCAAAACUAAGUGACAUCAAAUCUCACAUCCUCAGGCCUCUUCUUAGUUUAGACAAUUUGGGCACUGCAAGUACAGUCCAGCUGUUGCAGGAGGUGGCGAGCCGGUUCAGCAAGCUGUGUUACCUAAUUGGUCAGCAUGGAACCUCACUGAGCAGCUUCCUUCAUGGGAUAAAGGAAGCCAGGAGUUUGGUCAUUCUGAAGCAUGCAAGUCUCUUCUUGGAUAGUUAUACAGAGUAUUGCACAUCUAUUACAAAUUUCCUGGUUAUGGGAGGAUUCCAGCUUCUUGCUAAGCCUGCCAUUGAUUUCCUAAAUAAAAACCAGGAGCUGUUACAAGAUUUAUCAGAAGUAAAUGAUGAAAACACUCAAUUGAUGGAAAUACUGAAUUCUCUGUUUUUCCUGCCAAUCAGACGACUUCAUAAUUAUGCAAAAGUUUUGCUAAAGCUUGCUACUUGUUUUGAAGUGACAUCUCCAGAAUACCAGAAACUGCAGGAUUCCAGUUCUUGUUAUGAGUCUCUUGCUCUCCAUCUCGGCAGGAAAAGGAAGGAAGCUGAAUACACACUGGGCUUCUGGAAGACCUUUCCUGGAAAAAUGACGGAUUCCUUGAGGAAGCCAGAGCGUCGACUGCUGUGUGAGAGCAGUAACCGAGCCCUAUCUCUGCAGCAUGCUGGGAGGUUUUCUGUGAAUUGGUUCAUUCUCUUUAAUGAUGCCCUAGUCCAUGCUCAGUUCUCCACACAUCAUGUUUUCCCUUUGGCCACAUUAUGGGCAGAGCCACUUUCUGAAGAAGCUGGUGGUGUGAAUGGCUUAAAGAUAACUACACCUGAGGAGCAGUUCACUCUCAUUUCAUCAACACCCCAGGAAAAGACUAAGUGGCUACGGGCUAUAAGCCAAGCUGUGGAUCAGGCUUUGAGGGGGACAUCUGACCUUCCACCUUAUGGAAGUGGCAGUAGUAUUCAGAGGCAGGAACCACCCAUUUCACGCAGUGCCAAAUAUACUUUCUAUAAGGAUCCUCGCCUAAAGGAUGCAACCUAUGAUGGACGCUGGCUUUCAGGGAAGCCCCAUGGCAGAGGGGUUUUGAAGUGGCCAGAUGGAAAGAUGUAUUCUGGCAUGUUCAGGAAUGGCUUGGAAGAUGGAUAUGGAGAAUAUAGAAUCCCAAACAAAGCACUGAACAAAGAAGACCAUUAUGUGGGCCAUUGGAAAGAAGGAAAAAUGUGUGGUCAAGGAGUCUAUAGUUAUGCCUCUGGUGAAGUGUUUGAAGGCUGUUUUCAAGAUAACAUGCGUCAUGGUCAUGGUCUCCUACGGAGUGGAAAAUUGACUUCCUCUUCUCCCAGUAUGUUCAUUGGCCAAUGGGUAAUGGAUAAGAAAGCAGGAUAUGGUGUCUUUGAUGAUAUCACUAGGGGGGAAAAGUAUAUGGGAAUGUGGCAAGAUGACGUAUGUCAAGGGAAUGGUGUGGUAGUUACCCAGUUUGGAUUAUACUAUGAAGGCAACUUUCACCUUAAUAAAAUGACGGGAAAUGGGGUUUUACUUUCCGAAGAUGAUACUAUAUAUGAGGGAGAAUUUUCAGAUGACUGGACUCUUAAUGGAAAGGGAACGCUGACUAUGCCAAAUGGAGAUUACAUUGAAGGUUAUUUUAGUGGAGAAUGGGGAUCUGGGAUAAAAAUCACCGGAACUUACUUCAAGCCUAGUCUGUAUGAGAGUGAUAAAGACAGACCCAAAGUUUUCAGGAAGCUAGGAAACCUGGCAGUGUCAGCUGAUGAGAAAUGGAAAGCAGUCUUUGAUGAAUGUUGGCGUCAACUGGGCUGUGAUAACCCAGGCCAAGGGGAAGUUUGGAAAGCAUGGGACAAUAUUGCUGUGGCCCUGACUACUAAUCGGCGCCAACACAGAGACAGUCCAGAGACAUUAAGUCGUUCACAGACUCAAACACUAGAGAGUUUGGAAUUCAUUCCUCAGCAUGUUGGUGCCUUCUCUGUGGAGAAAUAUGAUGACAUCAAGAAGUAUUUAAUAAAGGCCUGUGACACUCCUCUGCACCCCCUGGGCAGGCUUGUGGAGACACUGGUUGCAGUUUAUAGAAUGACAUAUGUGGGUGUGGGAGCCAAUCGCCGGUUAUUGCAGGAGGCUGUGAAGGAGAUUAAGUCCUACCUUAAGCGAAUUUUCCAGCUGGUGAGAUUCUUAUUUCCUGAGCUUCCUGAAGAGGGCAGCACAAUUCCUCUCUCUGCUCCUCUGCCAACCGAAAGGAAAUCCUUUUGCACUGGGAAAUCAGAUUCCAGAUCCGAAUCUCCAGAGCCUGGUUAUGUGGUAACAAGUUCUGGGUUACUGCUUCCUGUACUACUACCUCGGCUCUACCCACCACUGUUUAUGCUCUAUGCCCUGGAUAAUGAUCGUGAGGAAGACAUUUACUGGGAAUGUGUACUACGACUAAAUAAACAGCCAGAUAUUGCUCUUCUGGGCUUCCUUGGGGUGCAGAGGAAAUUUUGGCCAAUGACCUUGUCAAUCCUUGGAGAGAGUAAAAAGGUUUUGCCAACCACAAAAGAUGCUUGUUUUGCCUCAGCUGUAGAAUGUCUACAGCAGAUUAGCACGACAUUUACCCCGUCAGACAAACUUAAGGUCAUCCAGCAGACUUUUGAAGAGAUCUCUCAGAGUGUCCUGGCAUCACUUCAGGAAGACUUUUUAUGGUCCAUGGAUGACUUGUUUCCUGUUUUCUUAUAUGUGGUGCUACGGGCCAGGAUUAGGAAUUUAGGCUCCGAGGUACACCUCAUUGAGGAUCUGAUGGACCCGUAUCUUCAGCAUGGGGAACAGGGUAUAAUGUUCACCACCUUGAAGGCGUGUUACUACCAGAUCCAGCGUGAGAAGCUUAACUAG